AAUAAAGUCUGAGCUUGCCAUCAUGCUAAAAAGCGCUACGAUUCUUGAUAAAGGGRCUGCGAAAGCACAGACAAACAAAAAUUUGCUKUUAAGCGUUAAAACUCGGUUCUACAGCAUAGAAAUAGAGCUACCAACAAACGAGACAUGUACUAUAGACCGUGUUUUCCCGUCAAUGACGGUGAGAGAGCUAAAAGACAUGAUUGAAAUUGCUACAGGCAUACCUGGUUACUUGCAAAGAUUACGUUAUCUCGACGCCUAUGAUUUGGAAGACGAUUCUUAUCUGUCACAUGUCCACAUUGUACCUGGAGCUACUUUACAAGUCCUUAUUUGGCCGGAGUGGACACGAGUGGUAAAAGCUGCAUGUGCAGGAGACUAUUAUGAAGUUCUUUCCUGCAACAUAAGGCGUCAGUCCUUGUCUAUUACGGAUCCCAAUGGUGGAGAAUUCAACGAGAAAGCCAUCGUGGCUUUAUAUAUCGCAGCACAUCGAGGUCAUAUUCAAAUGGUGUCUCGUCUCGUCGAAGAGGGCGUCGACCCUGUAGCCAUGUUACCAUCACAACGAUCACCUAUUCACGUGGCUGUUGAUCGCGGUCAUGUGACAUGCGUCAGCAUUCUGAUUGGUCGUUCUCAAGGYAUUGAUGUCCAAAAACCACAACACGAUAACGCCAUUCGUAAGAGCACGUUCAACAGCGUCGCUAGUUUGCUCAAGAAAAAACGAGGAUGGAAAAAGAUAGUCGAACAAUGGGACCAUCGUAAACAACGACAAGCCGAGAAAACUAAACUACCAUUCAUGCCAAGGAAAGAAUUCCAAAAAAUAGACUCRCAGCACCAUUCCUACAUUGCAGGUUCGCUAGGGAGAAUCUAUAUGUGCAGUAUUUUACAAACCGAGGCCAGAGGAUGCAAGAAACAAUUUACGAAGCCGUGGUACUAACUGGUCAGCUGUUAUUAUCCGUGGGGAAUGAUUAUGAGACGUUUUUAAAACUACAGUUAUAAAACGUCAAACGUCGAAUUAGGAGAAGUCUAUUCUAUUAAAAUUUAAAGUCUUCAAUUCCAAAUGUCAACUAUCUGCGAUUGUUUUCUUAAGUCUCUUAGUUGUAAUACUAGACAAAAACAUUUUCCCCUCCAAUCCUCCUCGAGAAA